AUGGUCAUUGCUGAUGGCGACAAUCAUCGUAUCAUCCAAUGGGAGAUGGGUGAUACGAAUGGACAAGUAGUAGCUGGUGGCAAUGACAAAGGAAAUCGAAUGGAUCAAUUGAAUUAUCCAACUGAUGUGUUGAUUGACAAAGAGACGGAUAGUCUCAUUAUUUGUGACCGACACAAUCGACGAGUCGUACGAUGGUCUCGUCAUGGCGGCACAAUUCAAGGAGAAAUCCUCAUUGACAACAUCCGUUGUUAUGGAUUGGCCAUGGAUGAUCAGAGAUGUCUCUACAUCUCUGACACCGACAAACAUGAAGUAAGACGAUAUCAAAUAGGAGACAAGAAUGGAAUUCUCGUGGCUGGUGGCAAUGGCCAAGGUGCUGGUCUCAAUCAACUCAACUAUCCGUACUACAUCUUUAUCGAUCAACAACAGACUGUCUACGUGUCAGACUACGGCAAUCAUCGUGUGAUGAAAUGGAAUAAAGGUGCAAAAGAAGGAAUUGUCGUCGCUGGAGGUCAAGGCCAAGGGAAUGUUCUGACACAAUUGUCGUGUCCUAAAGGACUAUUUGUCGAUACAUUGGGUACCAUCUAUGUGGCAGACUCAUUCAAUCAUCGAGUGAUGCGUUGGCCUGAAGGAGCGAAACAAGGCACUGUCAUUGUGGGUGGAAAUGGUGAAGGAAAAGGAGCAAAUCAGUUCAACUAUUCCUUCGCUCUUAUAUUACUUGUAACAGCACUUCAUCGACCAUUGUCAACUGAACAAUAUAUUGAUUCACUUUAUGAACAUUGGCAUGCAUUAAAUUUACUUGAAAUAUUUCAAUAUAGUAUUCAAUGUUCUGGUGAAUUGAUUUUUCUUAAUUUAUUAUAA